AUGACAAUCAUUCGUGUAGACAAUAGAAGAGGCGAAUUCGAUAAGAAAGCUCCGAAAGCAAAAAGAGGUCCAUUGUCUGCAGUAGUAGGAUCUCAACAAAAGAGAAGAAGAGUACCUCAAGCUUUACUUUUGGUACAAGAGGAUAUUCCACAAGCAGAUACCAACGCUAUCAGAGGACUAUUGAAUACUGCUUGCAAAUACUGCUUGAGAAAGAUUUUCAAUGAUCAAGUUGUACAAGAAGUAAAAACUUUGAAAGUUAUCAUUGUCGAUACUGAAAACUCUAUUCUAGCAGAUGGUCUAGGAGUGUCUCUUGAGGCAAUAGAACUAGAAGAGGCUAUGCGUGAGGAUUCUAGAAAGAAAGCUAGACUUGUUGUCAAAGGCUAUCUACAACAUGCUAGUAUUGAUUUCAAAGAGAUGUUUGCUGGAGUUGGCAGAUAUUUCACAUUAAGAACUCUAUUGGCUAAAGCUGCAGUAGAGGAUUUAGAGAUUGAUAAUAUAGAUAUUGAUACUGCAUUUCUCAAUGAGAAAUUAACAGAUGGAAUUAAGGUUUUCUUGAAGCUUAAGAAGUUACUUUAUGGCCUUAAGCCUGAGAGAACUAUAAAGAUUCACAACUCAAACUAUACGAAAAGAAUCCUUCAGCGUUUCCAUAUCGAUGAAUCAAUGGCCAAAGAUCUACCACUUCCAUUUGGCACAACUCUUUAUACUGCGGAGGCAACAAUUCUACUCGGGGAGGACGACAAGAAUCUAUAUUUACAAAUUGUAGGCUCAGUUAUCUAUUUGGCAAACUGCUCUCGAUCUGAUAUCUCUUUCGCUGUUGAACAACUAGUGAGAGUUAUACAGUCUUCAGAAAAGCAGUAUUUGAUAUACACUAAACACCUUUUACAAUAUCUUAUAGGAAUAGCAAAUACUGGAUUAGUCUACUCAGGACGAUUACGCCAGCUUCCUUCAGAAUACAAUGCAUUCAUUGACUCUACUUGGGGUUCUGAGCAACGAAUUAAGUCAACUCAAGGAGUAGUUAUCAUAAGAUAUGGAGGAGCAGUAGUCUGGUCAUCAACAAAGCAGAAAUCGACUUCACAGAGUACAAUGGAGGCCGAAAUUAUCGCUGUAAACGAGGGAGCUAAGGACUUAGCUUGGAUGGAAAAGCUGGUAUAUGAUCUAGGAGAAAGAUCCCGGGAGGAACCAUUUAUUCCUAUCUUGUAUUGCGAUAAUAGGAGUGGAGUUGAUUGGAUCAAGGAGAACAAAUUUCACAGUAAGGCAAAGCAUAUAAAUAUCAGAUGGCAUUAUAUCAGGGAUGAUAUAGUCGACGCAAACAGGAUUAGGGCUUUGUGGAUUGCAGGCACCGAUCAAGCAGCUGAUAUUCUAACAAAACAGCUUAUAUACCCUGGGUUUUGUGUACAUUGUAUUGGUUUAGGAUUUGAUAUUGAUACGGAAUAA